GAUCCAAACCAGAGAUUAUUUUCACUUUCUGAGUGGAAAGCAAAACAAAACAGCACCAUUGUUGCGUUGACUGCGUGAAAACCACACGAAUCACUUCUCACUCUGCCCUGUACACCCUGUGGUCUGUUGUGUGUUCGGAAAGCGGAAAAGAAAUAAGAGGAGAAAGCAAACGAAACGGAAAACAUCAACCUACUCAUCAAGCCCUGCACCUCGGACAAAGCUUCAACCCCUUCCCAGCACGCCGUGUUGUGGCGAGAAAGUUGAACGAAUUUUUCGGUGAUGAAACACAGUCAUUGGAAUAUCCGCGUGAACCAGACCAAUCGACACACUCUCCGCCAGGGUUUGUAAAUGUCACUGCUGUUUAGGCCUGCGAACGUUUACUAGUGUGCCUACCGAAAAGUUUUCUCCACAGCACUUACACAACGACAAGCGGGCGGCCGGCACAGUGCACACAACGCCUUGGAAAGCGGCGUCACUCCGGUGCCAACAACGAUUGCGAUCGGCGUUUAUUCAUCGUUUACACCUCGGCGCGACGGACGUGUUCUGUGUUCAGGUUCCGCGUUCGGUCCGGUCAUUUAUUCCCCCGGUCAAUAAGGAGAAUCUUUCGCGGCAUUGCUAUUGCGUUGUGUGCCGUUCCGGCUAGUGUGAAAGUUACCAGUGGAGCAUUCAUUAGAAUCCGACGUGCUUUCGCCGUGUGUGUUAAUUUGCAUAGCAACUUCUGGUGCCCUCUGGUGAGGUGCUAAAAGACGGCAGCGGCCACCAAUCGAAGCACCAAAAUGGUCACCGUUUCCGGCGUUCUGGGGAGCACCAGUGCGGUUCUGGUGUCGCUGUUUAUACUGCGAAAGGUGGUGCCGUGGGUCUAUCAGAACCUCAUCGGUCCGAAAGUUUUCGGUUGCCGUAUCAAUCUGAAAAAACUUGGCGAAUGGGCAUUGAUCACCGGGGCCACCGAUGGCAUAGGAAAAGCGUAUGCUCAAGCGCUCGCCAAAAAGGGCCUCAACGUGAUUCUGGUCAGUCGAACGCUCUCGAAGCUUGAAGAUGUGGCCAAAGAGAUAGAAACGGAGUAUAAGGUGCGAACGAUGGUGAUCGAUGCCGACUUUACGGGGGGUGCUGAAAUUUACGAAAAGAUCCGGUCUCGGAUCGAGAACCUAGAUAUCGGUGUGCUGGUUAACAAUGUCGGAAUGAGCUACGCCAAUCCCGAGUAUCUCCUUGAGCUUCCGGAUAGCGAGAAGCUGAUCAAUAACUUGCUCAACUGUAAUGUUCUCUCGGUGACGCGCAUGUGUCAGCUCGUGAUGCCCGGAAUGGUAGCCCGGCAUGCCGGGGUGGUUAUCAACAUUUCCUCCCUUUCGGCCGUCAUACCUGCACCGCUUCUAACCGUCUAUUCCGCCUCGAAGGCGUACAUGGACAAGCUGAGCGAAGAUUUGGCCUCCGAGUAUGCAAAACAUAACAUCGUGGUCCAGUCCGUGCUUCCGGGUCCGGUAGCAACCAACAUGUCGAAGAUCCGCAAGAGCACCUGGAUGGCCUGUGCACCGAAAGUGUUUGUAGCAAACGCUAUCAACACCCUGGGUCAUACGCGACAAACUACGGGAUACUUUCCGCACGCCCUGCUCGAGCUGGCCAUCAAUCUGUUGAGCUUCAUUUCACCGCGCUUGAUGGAAAAGAUAACACUAAACACGAUGCAAAACAUUCGGGCUCGAGCGAUGAAGAAAUCCUCCGCCACAACAGCAUCACGAACUGGUGGUGAAACCGCGGAAUUAACGAAGCCUGCUGGAUCUUCAUAAGUUAGUUAGUUAUUUACGAAGCGAUAAAGUGUUAUUUUGAUCGACCAAGAGUUUGAUUGCAAAGCUACGGUUGCAUAGAUAUUCCCACUAAUUGCCGAUCUUGGUGUAUCGGUACAGGAAUAGCUUAGUCUCUUAGAUGUUUAUAAGUUAAAACACGAUCGAUAGCAAUCGACAAAACACCCAUGUUUAUUAAGGGCAUUUACAGUUUCACCUAACGCUACCAUCGCUAGUCUGAGCAGAGCAUAGUUUGCGUAAAGUUGCGGUAGGAAAGAACUGAAUUUAUGUUAGUUUUUUGCCUUUAGUGAAACAGAGCGACUGAGGAAUUCGAUCGUUUAAGAUUACCUCUUGAUUGUGAAAAUAUAGCAGUGCAUUUCCAUUGUCAAACGUACACGAUAUUAAUGCAAUUGUUUGUCCAUCA